GAAAGCAAGAAAGGGAAGAAGAGAAAGAGGGAGACCGAUACUAAAGACCCGCCAUUAUUAGUAAUAGAAGAUGGUGAGCCUCUGGACAAAAAGGCCAAGAAAUGGAAGAACAAGACUCGAGUAUUAGUUUUAUGUGCUCGUGGAGUUACAUACAGAUCUCGUCACUUAAUGAAUGACAUUAAGACGUUGCUCCCUCACUCAAGAUCAGAUAACAAGCUUGAUAGGAAAGAUGACCUUUCAUCUCUUGUUGAAUUGUGUGAAAUGAAGAACUGUACCAAGUGUAUUUUCUUUGAAAUGAGAAAAAGAAAAGAUCUCUACAUGUGGAUUUCUCAUUUACCAAAUGGUCCCUCGGCAAAGUUUUUAGUAGAAAAUGUUCACACGAUGAAUGAAUUGAAAUUAACUGGUAACUGUCUUCUAGGAUCACGUCCACUUCUCUCAUUUGAUCCAUCUUUCACUGGUUCGCCGCACUAUUCACUAUUAAAGGAAUUAUUCAUUAAAAUAUUCAGUACUCCUUACUACCAUCCAAAGAGCAAACCAUUUAUUGAUCACAUGUUUCACUUUGGUCUCCUUGACAAUCACAUCUGGUUCAGAAACUAUCAGAUUGUUGAUGAUGGCAAGACACUGACAGAGAUUGGACCUAGAUUCACUCUAAAUUUAAUUAAAAUAUUUUCUGGUAGUUUUGGAGGAGCCACGCUGUAUCAGAAUCCACACUAUCAGACACCAAAUGCUUAUCGGAGAACAAUUAAGCUAAUGAUGGCCCAGAAACAAGACAAG